GCGCCCAUUCUCCACCUUUGCAGGGCGUUUCCAUUGCAAGCUGUUGCUUGCGGUUUUAAAGAAAAGUACUCUUCAGCAGCUGAACAAAAGGAUUGCACGGUUAUCUCCAUUUUUAGACAGAUUUGUUGUAGAAAGAUGUACACUAAUUAGCUGAGAAUAUUUUUUUCUCAUUUAUUUCGUGCCCCCACAAAACUGAGUGAGCGGUCUUUGCCUGGAGAAGUGCUCGGAUUAUUUUAGAUGCUUUGACUAAACCACGUGGCACCCUACGGCUGACUCACCCUGGAUCUUGCUGGCUACUCUGUCUCGUAAAGAUCGAGGUUUAUUUUUAGCUUCUCCCUUUAGUAGUGCUUUGUGUCUGUGUUGUUUAACUGAAACACACACGAUGUUGAUGGAGUUGAGAUGGCGAACUCUCCUCGUCUGCUUUUGCCUUUUUGCAUCUGGCCUUUGCCCUGGCUCCUGGGGAGAUCAUGAUGGAAUGAAGCAUAAAGAAAAAGAUGAUGCAGUUUUUCAUGAAACCUCUUCGCCCGCUCCUUCUACCUUGCCAGUUUCAAUUCAGGUGACACGGCUUUCAAACAGUAGUGUAAGCACAGAGACUACAGUAUUACUGUUCACUAAAACCUCAUUAGCACAUGUAUCCAGCCACGCUCCCAGUGAGUUAAACAGUGGAACAGAAGCUGAUCACAAUAUGUUAUAUCAUGGUAAAGACAGUAGAGCAGAUGAUGACAUUGUGCAAGAUCUCAUCAAUGAUGAUUUGAAUUCAAAAACUACUGCUGUUGCCCCCAAGAUCAUUAUCACGGAUCAUGGAAUAAGCAACACGUUGACUGGUAAGAGGAAAGAAACAGUUUCUGCUUCUCCAGUAGCAAUUAUGGAAAUGAAGAGUCAUAAUGAAGAUCUUAGAGGAGAUUCCAGUAGAUGGCACCCAGUAGAAACCACUGUAAUUUCUGAAGUGUCAUCCAUGUCAACUAAAAAAGGUAAUGAAACAAGUCUAGAAUUCAAGAACAUUACUUCAGAUACAUCCACUCUAGCAGGACCUAUUACCACAUGGAAAGGCAACCUAGAAACUGCUUCAAAGACUGAGAGCACAAGAGCGGCCACUACACCCCUGACUACAUCUCCUCCUCCUCCUCUCACUACUGCUACUACUACUACUGCUACAACUACUAUGAAACAUGUGACAACAGUAUCCAUAACUACAACCAAGAAAACAAAAGCACCUGGCUCUCUUCAGACUUCCACCACUGCUGCUGCUGCCACCAGCACCACCCAUGCUACCACCAUAAUUGUGGCUCCUGCUGGCUCAAUUCAAGAUCCUUCCAUCCUGGAUAUUGGAGAUGACAGGAAAGAUCUGCCAAGCUCAUCCAAGCCAUUUGAAAUCCCCACUGACCCAUUGGUUAUUGCUGUGAUCUCAGUGUUUGUCAUCAUGAUUGGCAUCCUAGCCCUUGUAGUCUUCCUAAGGUACAGGCAGAAGAAUAACCGAACAGAAUUCAGACGAUUGCAGGACCUUCCAAUGGACGACAUGAUGGAAGACGCACCACUUUCGCUCUACAGCUACUAAACCAAUACUGAAUGAGGCCAUGCUUGACUUUGCACAUGACUGAGGACUGUUGCAUAUUUGUCAACACAGCCUGUUACAGAUGCCCUCUUUUGUUUGCUAAAGACACCUAGGGCAUAUUUAAUGCCAAAUUAAAGCACUCCUUUUUUUGGCUCCAGAGGUCAAACAUGUCAACAUUCUUUGGUUAUAUUAUACACUAAUUUCCUUUUGAGACGUUUUGUGCCUGCAGUGUUCCUUGUACGCAUGGAAAACUGACUCACUUUCUGGAUGCUUGCUUCCAAAGCACUUUUACACAAGGCUUUUGUACUCUUAUUGAAGCCAGAGAUGACACUGUGCCUGUUGAACAUAUUGAUAGUAACUUGCACAUUUGCAUAUGAGAAUUCUUCUGUUUUGUAAGUGAAAUGUUUUGUACUGUGUUGCGACUGAAGGGGUUAGAAAUCACAGUGAAGUUUUUUUGUUUGCAUAGACAGCUGUCACUUUUUCACUUGCUGGAAUCUUUACAUACACUGCUUCUGAGAAACAGUAUUUGUUGACCUAAAUCAUAGUUACAAGUUUGGAGUACAGAUUCUUAUUUUGUGUCUGUGAUUUGGGCAUUCCAUUUGUUUUAGCUUCAGUUUGUGCUUCUCACCUUAGUUGGAAUUGAUGAAUGUUUUGGAGUUUUUUCCACCCCAGUUGCAUUUGAUAAAGGUUGUGCAACCCCCCCCCCCCCCGAAGGGACAUAGGGACAUGGAAUGUCGUCAUGCCACACUAGUGUUUUUUUUUUUGUUUUAUUUUAAUCGAUGCUUUGCCGUAGUGAUUUUGUAAACUGCUUUGGGAGAACCAGUACAGAAGUUGCUGGGGAACUGUGCUCCCUCCCAGUGCAGUAGUGUGUACACCCUUCUGCUUUGGGGUGUUAAUUUCCUGAAGUACAUUUAGUAUGUUUUAAGGGGCACCGCACCUUCUAAAUGGUGGAAAGCAGAAACCACUACACAUGAAAUUAUUUCAGCUACUAGUGGAUGGAGUGCUGAAGUGAUUAGCUACACUUUCCAUCAAUGCUGUUUGAAAUAUUUCGGCUAUAACUAUUUUAUUGCAUGAGAAUGUGUUUUGGAAAACAACAAAACUACCUUCUCUUUUUAAUGCUGUGUGCUUUUUUUUUUGUUUUGUUUGAAAGCUUAGUUUUACAUGGGCUGGCGCUUCAUCCACACUAUCAUAAAAUCAGCCAAAUUUUACAGGUAUAUUAUAGGGUUUUAUAAAGCAUUGGCAGUUGUAUUUAGGUGGAGAAAUUAUGAAAUGACUUUAAAGCCGGCUAAUAAAACAGUGCUAGUAAUUUUACACUGGCGUUCUAUACUGCACAACACUAGAUGAGUAUACAUUCUCCAUGUCUUUAUGAAUAAGGUUCAAUUAGCAGGGUAAACAGUUUUAAUAGAAUGAAUCAUUCUGCAGAUGGACCUUUUUGGCUGAAACCUGAAGUAUAUAUCUGUAGCGUUUGUGGAUUUGGCAUAGCUGUAACAUUAGUUGUGUGUAGUUUACCAUUAAUUGGUGUGGUGAUUUGUUUUAUUACGAUCUGAAUGAUUCCUUUUACUCCAUUAAUGUUGCUUUGAUAUCUUCUCUAUCUCGGUAAUAGUUUAUUGUGUUUGCUGUCUAGAGUUUGUUUUAUCAGAAAUACUCAAAUGUAACUUGGACUUCAUCAGAGAUUUUGUUUCCAUUUUGCAGCUGUUUAAUGCAUUUUAUUGUUAUCCCCAACGGUGAAGACUGUCCCUCUAAAUGAAGUACAUGUAGUCCAUUUGUUCCAUCCUUUCUUCAGAUUUUCACAUACAGACCCACUCUUUGUGGCCAUAAGAUCUAGAUGAUGUUUUAAGAAUGUGGAAGACAGACAUUAUCAGUUGAAAAGAUGAGUGAAGUGAAAGAAAAAAGGGCAUCACUGUUGCGCCACUUAAUUUGGUGAUUAUUACAGAUUCAGAAGAUGGGGACCAGAUGUAGCCAGUGUGAGCAAGUUGUAUUAAGCAGUGCAAGAACAGAUGUCCUUCAAUAAUGGGGUCAGUACAUAGUGUCGCCUGCUGGUACUUGGCUGAAGAAUGCAGUUGCUUCAGCAGGUGGUAGUGUUUCUCAGAAUAAAAGAAUACUUGUAUGACAUACCCUUCUGCAUGUUUGUCUUACACCUCUUGGAUUUCACAAGGAAGAGUGUGUCUGUGUGUGUGUCUGUGUCUGUGUGUGUGUGUGUGUGUGUGUCUGUGUGUGUGUGUAAAUAUAAUUCUAAUGUAACCAAUUGGACUUUAUCAGGUAUGGUUGUUUUUGUCUGACUAGUUUGAAGGCUGUAGAACACAGAGUUGUAUUCAUUAGUAAGUCAAACCAAUAAGGUGUGAAAUGGAACAGUACUCUCUAGAAUUGUGUGUUAUACAUGUCCUUUGAGAAUUAUAGAGGCUGCAGAAUAUGUUUUUCCGACUUUAGUCUAUAUACACUUGUCAGUUUUAACUGUUGUCAACCGUUGUCACUAGAGCUUUAAUGAUGGUGUAAUUUAUUAUGAUUUGACCAUUAGUUUUGAAAUCAAAAGUUGUCCUUUCUGCAGUCCCAUGUUGUGACAUUUAUUGACAAUAAAGGUGAAAUCUUUACCACA